GCAGCCAAUCAAAGCCCUGCUCACGUCUGAUUUCAAAUCUGGGUUUAACCGUCAGCCGCGGGCGCCUCGCGCAGAAUAAAAUCUGAGUGUGGAUACAGAAAACGGGAAUUUUUCUGUGGAUUUACUCCUCGUCAGGAUGGAUUUGGACUCCAUGAAAUACGCGGACCUGCAAAGCCUUGCUAAGCAGCUCGGCCUGAAGGCAAACGUGAAGGCAAACAAACUCCUGAAAGCGAUAAAGCAGCAUUAUAAAGAGCAGGAGGAGGCGGGGGGGCAGGAUCGUGUAAAAGAAGAAGAAAAUACUGCUCAGGAUUCCGUCGCAGAAACCUCCAGCCCGCGCGUGUUUGUCAACGCGCGCCGGGGGAGAGGACACGGGGGUGCGGGGAAGGCUGCGGCGGUGACCCCGAAGGCUGCUCAGGCUGAUGCUGAAUCCUGCAGCUCAUCAUCUAAGACCAGGAGAGCCGCAAAGAGGAGAAUGUUACCUGAGCUGAAGUUACCUGAACCUCAGGAGGAGCUGCAGCCUGACACCUGUGUGGAAGCACCUGCACGUGUGGAGACAGAACCAAAACCCAAAGUGACUAAAGCUGGAAAAAUCCCUCGUUACCGUGGAAACCAGCAGAAGACUGCCAUAAAGCCCGUCACUCCAAAUUUCAAAAAGCUCCAUGAGGCUCACUUUAAUAAGAUGGAGUCCAUCGUCACCUACGUGGAGCGAAAGAAGAGGACGAUUGACGCCUUCAAGAAUCCUGUCAAAGAGCUGAAGCAGAGCUCAGACGGCGCCCGGGCCAGCAUGUUCAGCCCCGCUCCAGGGAACAAGGCGGCUGAGGAAAAGCGCAGACACACUUUGCUCUCAGCCAGCAAAGCUCCGCCCAGCAGAGCCGCAGGGCGAGACGCUCCGUUCAGGCCGUCCGUGCUGUCCACCCGCAGGAUCAACGUCCGGUUUUCAGAGGCUACUCGGGACAACGAGUUCAAAGGCUCUCUGCUGAAGACGCCGGCGCGCAUGUCGCCCUGCCUGGUCUCCUCCACGCCGCAGACCGGCGCGGCGGCGCCCCACGCUCGCAGGCCUUCCACGUUCUCUGCUCAGAAAACUCCAGGGACUUUUGUUUUUAACGGAAACACGUCGGUGACGCCCGGAACGCAGAAGAAGCCGACCUUCGACCUGAAAGCGAGUCUGGCGCGGCCGCUGACGUACAAGCCUCACUCAGGGAAGCUGAAGCCGUUCGGGGAUGUCAAAGAAAACGCAGCGGCUAACAAAUCCCUGAACUCCCAUCAGGAAUGUUACAAACAGCACCGAGUCCAGACCAGGGAGGACCGCCGGACGAAGCAGGUCCAGGACCGGAAGCAGAAGAAGGAGAGCAUGCUGGGAGCUCGGAGGGGCCUCGUCAUGAUGUAGAGACCGCCUCCCGCUGUCGCUCUACUGUAAAUAUUUCUGCAGCUUCUCAGUUCUUUAGUAGACGAGCUUUCACUUCGUUCUUCAAGAUGAUUUCAGUUAUUUAACGGCUUUGCUGCUUUUAAUGUUUGAUAUUAACCUUAAAGAAAAACUGUAAAACAUAAAAUACACUUCAGACAAAAAAGUCUCGUGCGACUUUUGGUGCUGUUUUUUUGUUUUUAUUGUUCCAGUUUGUUUUAUAAUAAAAAGACAAACUUUCUA